CAUACACCGCUACGAUCGCUGGAUUACCAUGUAUUACUAUAUCCGCUUACUAAAGAACACGCCAGUAGAGGCUGUCAUCCAGGAACCCUUCAAAAUAGUCUUCACAAUCACUACAGACCUGACGGAAAAAUUUUACGACAAGCCAUGCAAACUCAAAUGCCAGGCUGUUAUCAGAGCAGCUAUUACACAUCAAGACUCUGUCAGUGAUGCAGAAAACCUCACGACUAUUAUCCCUCAAGGGCUCUCGCAAGGGAGCUCGCUUGACUAUGAUCCAAAUAUUGGAUAUUGCUCCGUUGACCUCCGCAUAGCACCUUGUUUAACCGCCUAUGAUGAGUGUCAGCUCGUUCUCAGCCUUGAUCCAACCGCCUUUAAUACUCGUCAACUGGGAGCUAAAUGCUUGGUUGAGCCACCAGAGUAUGAGAUCAUACCUGCAUGGUCACUACCUAUCCGCUUGAGGCCAGCAGCAUUGGAUUUUUCAAGGAAGACCAAACAUCGCCAAGGCAACAAGAAGAAUCUUACCGACACACGUCAAGAUCUGGUGGAACGUCACUUCCGCCUACCGCCACAUUUCGCAAGUAAACAUGGAUCCGGUCGAUCGCUCCUUGUUCGCGAGGAUGCAACAGAAGGAAUUAUGGCGAGGCAUAUUUGGGACUCGGGCGUAUUCAUGGCUAAAUACCUAAUGCAGGAAGGGUCAUGGCUGAGUCAAUACAUGAGCGAAACAAGAGAACACAGAAAGAAGGAAGAGGCACCUAUAGAAACAUCCCUAUCUAAUCUCUCAGUAACAGACAUGACAAAUACCUCUAGUGAUUCAACAGCCGUUUCAAUGCCAGUAGAUAUACCCUCUACGAUAUCAGCAGAUGUAACAGCAGCAUCACCUUCUUCCAUUCCUAAUUAUAGCAAGAACGAGACCGAGGGUGAAACUAAAUCUGAAGCCAAGACUAAGAACCGAGAAAGAGUCUGUCUCGAACUUGGAGCAGGAACAGGAUUGGUAGGGAUUGCAGUUGCUAUCGCUUUCCCAGAACUGAAUGUACUAUCAACCGAUUUGGAUGAAGCGUUGACUCUGAUGCAACAAAAUGUGGAUGCAAACGCAGCUUUAUUACCUGAUAUGAAUAUAAAAGUCGGGUUUUUGGACUGGACGGAGAAAGAUCGAGUGGUAAAUCCAGUUGAAAUUUUGCUUUUAGCCGAUGUGGUCUACAAUGAUUUAUCGCACGAUUGGCUAUUGCAGACAAUCCUGGAUUACAGCGAUGAGGAAACUAAAGUAUUACUAGGGUAUAAAUUCCGUCAUGAAGCUGAACAAAAGUUCUUUGACCGAGCCAAAGCUUACUUUGAUAUUGUGAACGUGCACCAGCAAGACACCAUGCAGCUCUUUGUGCUGACACGCAAAGUUAAUAUAUAGAAA